AUGUGGCGGGAUCGCACCAAUCUCUAUAUCUCCUACCGACAAUCCUUCGCACACCACCCCUCUAAAAAGCCCCGUUUUGGCGGCCCCUCCAAUGGCUUCGAUACGUCCCAGCCGGAGGAGAGCCGCCGCCUGAUUUCCGAGACGGGCGGCUUCGAAGAAGAUGGCGACAUGGUUAUUGAGAUGGAUCUGCUCCCGCCGCGCUGGGUCGAUGUACAGGAGGAGGUCUCUGAGCACUUGGCCGAUAUUGCGCAGAAGUCCUCGGAACUGGAUAAGUUGCAUCAGAAGCACCUAUUGCCUGGGUUCGGAGACGAGGAUGUACGCAGAAAGGACGAAGGCACUAUCGAGCGUCUGACGCAGGAUAUUACUCGGAGCUUCCACGAUUGUCAGAAGGCUAUCCAGCGGAUUGAGACGAUGGUUCGUGAACAGGCUGGUGUCACGAGCGGCGAGGAGACCAUGGCGAAGAAUAUCCAGAUCUCCUUAGCACAAAGGGUUCAGGAAUCCAGUGCCAGGUUCCGCAAGAAACAGAGCACUUAUUUGAGAAAACUCCGAGACCUGGACGGCAUCUCAACGCCAUUCGAUAGUGCACCUACGCCCGCCCAAAACCCGUAUACAGAUCCUUCUCUGAUGGAGUCGGACGCAGACAAAUCCUUCUCGCAGACGAUGUUAAUGCAGACGUCGCAACGACAAGCGGGCGUAAAUGAUGCCGCGAUAGCGCAACGCGAGCGGGAAAUCAAUGACAUCGCCAAGGGUAUCAUCGAGCUGUCCGACAUCUUCCGCGAACUUCAAAGCAUGAUCAUCGACCAAGGAACCAUGCUCGACCGCAUCGACUAUAAUGUCGAGAAAAUGAACACUGAUGUCAAGUCCGCAGAUACGGAACUGAAAGUGGCCACUAAUUAUCAACGACGGACUACCAAGCGGAAGGCGAUGUUACUAUUGGCGCUUGUGGUUAUUGGAUUGAUCAUCCUCUUAGUCAUUAAGCCGAAGAAAAGUAGCUCGCCAUCCCCACCACCACCUGAUGAUGAAAGUUCCAACAAUAUUCGCGCUGUGAUAGCGUCGGUGGAUCGUCUUAGAAGGCACUCGUCGUCACGGCGAUUUGCAAGAGACAGGUGGAUGGACCCAGAUAUAUUCCGAUAA